GGAAGAUCGUCAUGUCAGAAUGACUUACGGGCAAAAGUGUGUUCUUAUCAUUUUAAUUCAACUUCUAUUUUUAAUUAUCAAGUUUGAAGCGCAGGAGGAUAACUCGGGGCAGUUUACUGAAAAAGACCCAUCAAGUGCAGAUAACGAACUUUCGCCUCUCAUUUCCGAAUACAACGGCUAUAAUGAAAUUGGCGAAGGCGACAUGGACGGUUACGACAGCUCGGACAGCGAGUACGAAGGUUUCAUCGGAGGAACGAGUAGAAAACAGCGCAAGCAGAACCAAGAUAAUGUUGACUUGAAAAAGGGCCCGAAGGUGUGGGACCAUUGGGGCAAAUGGGGUGCGUGUUCCGUCAGCUGCGGAAUUGGAAAGAUCACUCGAUGGAGGCAUUGCGUUUCGGGGGGAUGCGCAACUGGCGAGAAAGAAGCGCAGAUUAAAACUUGCACUCUGCCUGCGUGCUAAAUACUUUCUUCACACUUUUUUUUGUAUUUUUAUGAUUUUUUAAAACUUGGAUACCCAUAAUACUACAAUAUUUACGAACAUGAAA